AUGGAGGGAGUUGACUGGCCGCCACGGCUGCUGCUGGUCCUGCGGCGUCACUUGGAGCAGGUGGAGCAUCCUGAAUUUCCUCGAACCCCGCCAUUCUCCACAAACUCUUCCCGAAGAAGCGUCUUGACGUUUCUACUUGACGCUCACGAAUGUGCCAGGCGGCUUUCUAAAUUGUCGGACUCUUUUGUCGACUGCUGCCGGAAUCUUGUUCUUGACAUCAUCGAGCAGUGCUGCGCCUCCUCUUUUCUUUCUGCAAAGGAGCGACGUGUCAUCAAUCUUUUGGCGGUGCAGCGGGAGAAGCGGUUGGAGGGGAGGCAUGGGCAGAAGCGA